ACUGCCGACUCCGUUCCCUCCGUAGCCCCGCCCCUCUGCUUUUUGUUUUUCUUGCUUCUCGUAGUGGUGACAAGAGGUUACUUUUGCGCGUGCGCUUGCUGGCUGGGGGUGGGUGGGUGGAUGGGUGGGGAACGGUUGGGAUGCGCGCGCGCGGACGCUUGCCUGGUGGACACAUUGCCUAGUCUCGCGAGAGUAGGAGUUUUGGCGAGAGUUUGUGGAAGAUGGCGCCUGUUGUGACAGGGAAAUUUGGUGAGCGACCUCCAGCUAAACGACUCACCAGGGAAGCUAUGAGAAACUACUUAAAGGAGCGAGGUGAUCAAACAGUACUAAUCCUUCAUGCAAAAGUUGCACAGAAGUCCUAUGGAAAUGAAAAGAGGUUUUUUUGCCCCCCGCCAUGUGUCUAUCUUAUGGGUAGUGGGUGGAAGAAGAAAAAAGAACAGAUGGAACGAGAUGGGUGCUCUGAGCAAGAAUCUCAACCAUGCGCCUUUAUUGGAAUAGGAAAUAGUGACCAAGAAAUGCAACAGUUAAACCUAGAAGGAAAGAACUAUUGCACAGCUAAAACCUUGUACAUAUCUGAUUCUGACAAGCGAAAGCACUUCAUGUUAUCUGUAAAAAUGUUCUAUGGCAACAGUGACGAUAUUGGCGUGUUCCUGAGUAAGCGGAUCAAAGUAAUCUCCAAACCUUCUAAAAAGAAGCAGUCAUUAAAAAAUGCGGAUUUAUGCAUUGCAUCAGGGACAAAAGUGGCACUGUUUAAUAGACUUCGGUCACAGACGGUUAGUACCAGAUACUUGCAUGUAGAAGGAGGAAACUUUCAUGCGAGCUCACAGCAGUGGGGAGCAUUUUACAUUCAUCUCUUGGAUGAUGAUGAAUCAGAAGGAGAAGAAUUCACAGUUCGAGAUGGCUAUAUUCAUUAUGGCCAAACUGUCAAACUUGUGUGUUCAGUUACUGGCAUGGCACUCCCAAGACUGAUAAUUCGGAAAGUGGACAAACAGACCGCAUUAUUAGAUGCAGAUGAUCCAGUAUCGCAGCUCCAUAAAUGUGCAUUCUACCUUAAAGAUACUGAACGAAUGUACUUGUGCCUUUCGCAAGAGCGAAUUAUCCAAUUUCAAGCCACUCCAUGUCCCAAAGAGCCAAAUAAAGAGAUGAUUAAUGAUGGAGCUUCAUGGACAAUCAUUAGCACAGAUAAAGCAGAGUAUACCUUUUAUGAAGGAAUGGGACCUGUCCAUGCUCCAGUAACACCGGUGCCUGUUGUAGAAAGUCUUCAGUUGAAUGGUGGUGGUGAUGUAGCAAUGCUGGAACUAACUGGGCAAAACUUCACUCCAAAUUUACGUGUCUGGUUUGGGGAUGUGGAAGCUGAAACAAUGUACAGAUGUGCAGAGAGCAUGCUGUGUGUCGUUCCUGACAUUUCUGCAUUCCGGGAAGGCUGGAGGUGGGUCCGUCAGCCAGUCCAGGUUCCAGUCACAUUGGUCCGCAAUGAUGGCAUAAUCUACUCUACCAGCCUUACAUUUACAUACACACCAGAGCCAGGACCACGACCCCACUGCAGCGCUGCUGGAGCAAUCCUCAGAGCCAAUUCAAGUCUCCUGGCAUCCAGUGAAACAAACACAAACAGCGAGGGAAGUUACACAAACGUCAGCACAAACCCAACCAAUGUCACAUCAGCAGCAGCAACAGUCGUUUCCUAACCACUGCUCUUUGUGUGGAACUUCUUAAUUGAUAUUGACAUUCAAGUGCUUCAAAGAAUGAAACUAAACAACUUUUGUGGUUUCAUGGGGGAAACCUCCUCACUGCUCUUUGAACAUUUAUCACCUAUAAGUGCUGAUCUCAGUAGAAGCCACAAUAAAAAAAAAAAACAGUGCAUGGGGAGAGAAAAGCCCCUACAUUCGAAACCUGUUUUCAGUUGUCUCUUAAAAAUGGGCAUGAUAUUAAAAACAAAACAAAAGUGGCUGGGAUUCGAGUUGAACUAGAACACAUGGAUAUUAACAUAGUUUUUAUGGACCAAGAAACACUUUAGUAUAAAAGGUACAUUUUCACCAUGCCUUUUUGUAUCACAACAUAUAGUACACUUUUGUUACCAAAUAGUUUAUAUAUUUUUUUUCUCUGAGCAUUUGCUCUGAAGUAUAUUCAGGUUCCAAGCCUGACCAUGCUUGUAUAAUCUAAUUACCAUACUCUUCCAGUUUUUAAAAUAUAUAUAUAUAUAUAUUUUUGGUCUGUGGCUGGAACUGUUGCAUUUUUUUAAACUGAAGUCUUGUGACUUUUUAUGAACUGAAUUUUUUGUUUUUAUUUUCAGCAAGUAGAACCUUGUAAAGGCCAGCAUAUUUUUUUUAAGAUUAUAUGAAGUUUGUGCAAAAGCUUUAAAAUGCCUCUGCCUUGCCCGCAAUACAUGCAAUGUAUGUUUAGAGCUCCUAUUUCUGUCAUUGUGGAUAGUUCUUUUUGUAUGUUUCUUUUAAAAGUAUUUAUAGUGUUGAAUCAUGAGGUUUUUUACAUUACAAAUGUGGCCUCUUGUGCAGUUUAUCAAACUGCUCCUCCUACUGGCAUAUGUUGAUGUUUUAAAAGGGCCUUUUCCCCUUUCAUAGUCAGUACCUGCAUCAGAAAAUAUUUUCAGGAUUUCUUCAAGUUGGCUUUUUGUUGUUGCUAAUCGUGUACAUAAUUUGCUAUCAAGUGUAAGUUAAAUGUGCGUGUGAUUUCUUUUUCUUUGAGUGGACUGUUUCCAAAACUUCAUUUGGCAGCAUGUUUUUUUUGUUUCAGCACAUGACAUUUUAAAAAUAUUGGCCACAAACAGGAUUGAUAGGUGCACUUCUUCAUUGUGAAUUGAGGCCCGUCAGAAACUACCAUGGCUGUCCUCUGGCAUUAGGCCAAACUCAUGAACUAGUCCUCUAUAUGGUAUGUUUUCUUUGAGUGUAAAGUGAUUGUACAGUUAAAUGAUAGUAUUUAGUAAUAGCUGAUCACAAAAGCACUGAAGUGGAUUAUACUUUUCCUCUCUCUCUUCCUUGCCAACAGUCUAGUGCAAUGCUCAGAUCUUCAAAAUGCAUGCUAAGAGAGAGUCAGUUUACACCACUGCUUGCUUCUCUUUUCCAAAGUGCUUUUUGAAACCUCCUUGUGAGAAGUUUUUGUGAAUGGGUCCAAUUCAUGGUGACCAGAAUCUCCAAGAGAAUAUACAUACAAUAAUGUCUAUGCUUCUUCAUAGAUAUUCAGCUGAUAAAUUCUCUUACUAUAUAUUCUUUCAGGCUACACCAGAAGCCACUGUGGAGGGUCCUCGAAAUUUCAGGCAUCACUUUUCACAGGACCCAACUUACUGUAGUACAUUCAUGAAAAAGUCUAGUGCAUGUCUGAAUGGUGCAUCACUUUUUGGAUUCUGGUUGUUACCUUCCCCUGCCAUUAUAAUUCUGACUACCUUAAUGAUCCAACUUCAUAGGCUGCUAUAUGCUGCCGAAACUCCACAAACAUUAGGCCUAGUUACAAGGCUACAUAUUCACAUCAGUCUUGCCAGGGACCUGAUUGCCAAACCCCACUAGUGGAAGAGAAAAAGUGGUUAAUAUGGGCUUUGAGUUGCACUACAUGCCUAUCAUUGGUACUUUUAAUUUGGAAUUCAUCUUCCCUUCAUCAUCUACUCUGUUUUUUUUUGCAUUCAGAAUGGUAAAUUUUCAGUUUGUUCACCAGUACAGCACUGUGAUCAGCUCAGUAGUAAACAUUAGUCCUCUGUCUCCCUUUCUCUUUCCCUUUACUCUUAAAUGAAAAGUUUGAAUUCUAUGUAAAUCUUUAUUGUUCUUUGAAGAAGACACUUGGCAGUGGGUAAUAUGAACCCAUGCCUCGUUACAAGGUGAAAAUAAUUCAUUGCUUCUAUACAGUUAUCAAUUUUAAUUAUUGGCACUCUUGUUUAGUGUCUCUGAAGUAUAUUUUCCCCAUUUGAAGACUGUAUAGUUAAAGGAGUGCAGCUGCUAAACACAUUUGGUUUGAACACUGCCACUGUAUUAAAGCAUGUUUUCUUCCAUUGUAGGCCUUUCUCUGUGCUCCUCCACUUUUUUAUACUGCUUAAACUUUUUUGGACAACAUUUUUGCAUACAGCUGAUUCUUAAUAUUUUACUGCCUGGCCUCAUCUCGCUUUUCAGUGAGCCAAGGGCAGGAAUCAUUGUGGCCUUAUCUCUAGUUUAAGCUGUUUACUGGCAUUUACUUGCAAGCCUGUAUACUUGUCUGUGUUUAAUAUUUUCCCUGUAUAUGACAGAAAUUGCUUCACAGUGUAUGUUGAAGAUAUAUUAAGUGUUGUGCAGUACUGUUCAACUUGUUUUACUCAACUACCUUUGGGAUCACAAAAUAAUAUUCCAGGUGUUCUGUAACUUCAGAGAAAAUAAGUAUCAAAAUUUUAAAUUGUUACAAGCCUUUCAGCUUUCACAGAACAUAGGCUGUCUGAUUGUUUGUACUACUGAGAGUAGACCCAUUGAAAGAAUAGGAUUUCUUAAGUUUUCACAUAUGUUCCAUUGAUUGAUUCAAUGGAUGCAUUCUAAUAGUGACUAAAAUUUGGAUUGAUCCCUCUGUCAGGAAAUUGUUCAGACUUUUCCCGAUGUAUUUCAACAUCCCAAGUUGACUUUGUGCAUAUCUCUUUGCCUUGCAUUGGUAUAUAUAUUUCGUGUUUGUAUCUUUUAAGGAAUCUAGCAGAUCACAUCUAAGUUUGUUCUUCCUUUUUUACACUACAGAGUGAGAGAAUGUUGGGAAAGGGGGCAUAAAUUCAAUGGUCAGCAGUAGCUUGGAAGCUUCAAAUGCAUCAUUCUUGUAGAUUUUUCACAAUUCGAUUUCCUUCUGAGCAAAAUUAGGAGAUUGACGGUAGUGUUCCAGCUGAAGAGGUUCUCAAUGAAGAAACAUUUCCUUUUGAACCUUUUCCUGUUACCCACUUUAAUAGAGGGGUAUUCCGUUCACCUCUUAUAUUAGGAGCCCUGGUAAUCUAAAUCAUCUAGCUAACUUUUCAAUCCUUUUUCAAAUAAUUCUGGAGAUGAAAAAACUACCAUUCUGAAAUUGUCUGCCUCUAGAAUAAGCCUGUCAGCCCAAAUGGGCAGCCUCAAAAUAACCAGGAAGACAAUUCUAGCUUCACAAUUGUAGCCAGCAGAAUUUGAAACAGUGUCCUCUCAUAGCUCUUGUUUCCUUGUGUAGGGCUAUCCAGUACAAUUGGCUGAAUAAUUAUUUUUCUGGGCAGCAAAUUGCUUUGGACUGCAAGUGGGAAGGAGUGCAUGUUUGAAGAUUCAGAAUCUUCAAGCCUGUAGAAGGCUAGCAUGUUUGGAGAAAAGAUUUUGUUAAGCCUAGUCAUGGUAGAUUACUAUGUAAAGGAAGAGGGCCCUUCUUUCUAGGAAGCAGGCUGUAUGCCAUCAUCAAUGGUACAAUUUAGGAAGAACUUUUACCACUUGAUUCUGCUGAUCAUGUAACCUGGUCUUUUCUGGGAAAUGUUGAGGGUUCCUCCUAUUCUGACUGGGAUCACACUGCCUGAUUUGCUUUAUUUUCAAUUAGAAUAAGUGAUAUGCUCUGUUUGGACUGGAGAAGAUUAAAAUUUAAUUACUGCUCUUACAGUUUAGUAAAUGUUAAACUUUCUGGUGUAUACUUUCUACAGGUCAGUGUGUAGACAUGUGUCUCAGUGAGUAGAAUUUUUAAAAUACAUCUCUGACAACCUUACAACAUGUUUCAGACCAAAUGGCUUCAUAGUUGCUUCCAUUCUGAAACAAAAUACUUAAUUAUUAAUCAUGCUAUUUACUGGGAUUUUAUUUCCUUUCAAAAGCUGUGCAUAUGAUGAGUCUAGAAUAUUUGUAUUUUCCUAUGUCAGAUGUUUUAACUUGUUUUCAGACACUGUAAAUGUGGGACUGAGUGGCAGCUUUGUGUCGGAAACAGAAGUCAGGUUUCUCUCUCUAACCUUUUCUGGAACUGAAAUGUUUCUCUCUCUCCAUGGAAACUGCAAUAUUGAGGAGCUACAACAGCAUUGUGAAUGUUCUGUGAGCCCACCCAUCCCCAGAUGAAGUUCCUAUUUUGGCCUUAGAUUAUAUUCCUUUUAUUCUGUUGCGCCUGUGGAGGUGAAGCCUUGGCAGUAGAAAGAUUAGCCUGGGAGGAGAUUGGGAAGGGGGAGAGAAAUGUGUUUACAUCCCAAUCUUAUAUUUAUUUGGAAGCAAGUUGUAUGGAAUUUGGUGGGUUUCCUCCCAAAGAACCAUGUUCAAUGGCUACCUCACAAAUUCUCCAGGUGGAAAAAGGCUGUUUCAGUACACCUUCUGCUCAGUCAACCUCUCAUGUUGUACCCAUAGUUACAGAUUAAUUAUUUAUCCUGGUGGCGAUAUCGGCUAAGUCUGCUGCUUCCAGUAUAAAUGACAAAUGGCUUCCUUAAGAAGGUAGUAUAAAGGCUGAAGGGAAGACAGAUGCAGUGAGGAGAACAGGUGCACCAGCAGCCCCAGGUAAACAAUCAAGGCUGCAAAUAUUACAUGGAAGCAAGUCUCACUGGAUGCAGUUACUUCUGAGUAAACUAGUAUGUGGUUGGUUCUGGUGUAAUAGUGAUGAGGCAUAUUCUGGACAAAACGGAUGUUGGCCUCUAGUUAUAAUGCAUUUUAAAGCUCUGUGUUUGUGUAUCUUGUGUUUGUACACACUCGUUCAGUCCUUAAAGGGUUUUAUUUUACAAACUGCACCUAUAAAGUUUCGUAGCAAUAAGAUAGAAGACUCAUUGAGUCUUCACCAUAAUUUUGUAGGAAAACGAAUCUACUCCAUUUCAUAUUUUAUCAAAAAUAUGGAAGUCUUCAGUAUGACCGGUUUGCAGGAAUAAAUAAAAAUAAAUGUAAACAACAUGAAGUGUGUUGUCACAUGUGCAAUGUGUAAUUUGCAUAUUCAAUAUAUGGUUUUAUAAACAUCACUGAGGCUUGUGAAGAUUUAAAUUUGUUACUUUUCAUGUGAUUAAUUCAUAAAAGUACAUGUAUGAUGUUGAGAUUGCAAACAUGGUGAAAUGUUGAUGCAUUUCUGCAUAUAAGAAGUCAGUUUCUUUCUGACGGGACAAUGAGAUGAUCUAUGGAAGCAGAACAGCAGAACAGAUCCAUAGAAGUCAACAGUAAUUGCAAGGACCUGUACUCUGGACUCCAUUCAAACUGGAUAUGGAAUCUCUUAAUACUUGUACAGAUUGCAGAAGUUAGACAAGACUGUUUUUUAUUCCAAUGCUGUAAAUAUGAACUAGUUCACUUUUUGAUAUUAUUUAUUAAAUAAGGAAAAAUGAA